AUGGCCAUGCUCCAGCUCCUCAUCCAACAAUGGACGCUCUUCCCCUGCCUCAUGGUGUCUGUCCCAUUCUUGCUUCUGCUAGCGAGGAGGUCAUUCGCUGGGAAAGGGCUAAAGCUGCCGCCUGGCCCAGCGCGGCUGCCAGUGAUUGGUAACCUGCACCAGCUAGCAGGCCCUCUGCAGCAUAGGACCCUAGCGGAGCUGGCGCGGCGGUAUGGCCCUGUGAUGCUGCUGCAGCUGGGCGCAACACCGACGUUGGUGGUGUCCUCGGCGUCGGCGGCGCGUGAGGUUUUGAAGACGCACGACUUGGACUGCUGCACCCGGCCGGCAAUGCCGGGGCCGAAACGGCUGUCGUAUGGGUUCAAGGACGUGACGUUCGCGCCUUACGGCGAGCAGUGGCGCGAGCGGCGCAAGCUCUUCAUCACGGAGCUCCUCAGCAUGCGCCGCGUCAAGGCCGCAUGGGGCGCGCGCCAGGUGCAGGUAGAUAAGCUAAUGGCCAGCUUGAUCCCCAAUAAGCCGGUGGUCCUAGGUGAGCACAUCUACGGCCUCGUCAACGGCAUCAUCGGCACCGUGGCGUUCGGCAGCAUCUACGGCGUAGAGAUGGUGGCGCACAAGACACAGUUCCAUCGCGUGCUCGACGAGGCCUUGGACUUGCAAGCCACUUUCUCGGCCGAGGACUUCUUCCCAAACGCGGCCGGCCGCCUGGUCGACCGCCUUACCGGCCUCGUCGCCAGCCGUGAUCGGCUCUUUGCAAACAUCGACGCUUUCUUUGAGAUGGUCAUCGAGCACCAUCUGAACCCCAAGAGGGAGGGCAGCGAUCUCGUCGACGUCUUGAUCAGCUUCUCCAAGGAGCAGCCUGACUUCACCAGGGACCAUGUCAAGGCUAUCAUCAUGGACACGUUUGUGGGAGGUGUCAACACGAGCUCGGUGACCAUCAUGUGGGCGAUGUCCGAGCUGAUCCGGAACCCCCUGGUGCUAAAGAAAGUGCAGGAGGAGAUCAGAAUGGUGGCAGGAGGCAACGACAGGGUGCAGCCAGAGGACAUGCCCAAGCUAAGCUACCUCAAGAUGGUGGUGAAGGAGACCUUGCGGUUGUACCCCUCGGUGCCGUUGUUGCUGCCGCGGGAAACGAUGAGGCACAUCAAGAUCGGAGGCUACGACGUGCCUGCCAAAACGAGGGUGUUGGUGAACGCGUGGGCCAUCGGGAGGGACCCGGCGAGCUGGGGCGAGGAUGCCGGAGAGUUCAACCCGGACAGGUUCGUGGACAAGGAGGUGAAUCUACAGGGCACGCACUUCCAGCUGCUUCCGUUCGGGGCCGGGCAGCGGAUGUGCCCGGGCAUUGCGAUGGCGCUCACCAACGUGGAGUUCACGCUGGCCAACUUGCUGUGCGGAUUCCAGUGGGAGCUGCCGGAGGGGACCAAGGCUGAGGAUGUGAGCAUGGAGGAGGUUGGCCUCCUCACAUUCCACCGCAAGACGCCGCUCGUGCUCGUGCCCACCGUCUACCACCCUGAGCGCCAACAGUAG